AUGAUCCAGCUGAUGGUACUGCUGUACAAUUGGGUGUGGAAAAACGAGUAUACGCCAAGUAGAUGGAAGGAAGGUGUGGUUGUGAACUUGUUCAAGAAAGGAAACAAGACUGACCCAGGAAACUACAGGGGGAUCACACUGUUGAACACAGUAGGAAAAGUGUUCUGGAAGCUCCUGAACGGUAGGAUAGUGGGGGUAUUGGAGAAGGAACAUCGUAUUAGUGAGGGCCAGGCAGGUUUCCGAAAGAAGAGGGGGUGCGUAGACCACGUAAUCACGGUAGGGAGAAUCAUCCAAGGUAGAAAGAGGGCGGGAAAGCCGACGUACUGCUUCUUCCUGGACGUGAAAAAGGCAUACGACACCGUAUGGAGAAAUGGGUUGUGGAAACAACUGUCCAA